AUGGGCACCAAGGGCAAAGUUAUUAAAUGCAAAGCAGCUGUCGCCUGGGAAGCAAACAAGCCUCUCAGUAUUGAAGAGGUGGAGGUAGCUCCCCCCAAAGCUCAUGAAGUUCGAAUUCAGAUAAUCGCCACUACCCUGUGCCACACUGAUGCCCACAUGAUCCAUCCUCAAUAUGAAGGGGCUUUUUUCCCAGUGAUCCUUGGCCAUGAGGCUGCAGGAAUUGUGGAAAGUGUUGGGCCAGAAGUGACCAACUUCAAACCAGGUGACAAAGUAAUUCCACUCUACAUGCCUCAAUGUGGAAAAUGCAAGUUUUGUCUGAGUCCACACACAAAUUUUUGUGGAAAACUCAGGAAUUUCAGAAAUCCUUUUGAUAAUCAAAAACUAAUGGAAGACAAAAGCAGCAGGUUUACCUGCAAAGGAAAACCAAUUUACCAUUUCAUGGGGACCAGUACCUUCUCUCAGUACACUGUAGUGUCAGAUACUAAUCUUGUCAAAGUAGAUGAUGACGCCAAUUUAGAGAGAGUUUGUCUCCUUGGAUGUGCAUUUUCUACUGGCUAUGGAGCUGUAGUCAACGUUGCCAAGGUUACACCUGGUUCUACCUGUGCCAUCUUUGGCCUAGGAGGCGUUGGUUUUGCUGCUGUAAUUGGUUGUAAAUUAGCAGGAGCUUCCAGAAUCAUAGCUAUUGACAUCAAAAGUGAGAAGUUUGCAAGGGCCAAAGCCCUUGGAGCUACUGAUUGCCUCAAUCCUGGAGACCUAGAUAAGCCCAUUCAGGAGGUCAUCGUUGAAAUCACCAAUGGAGGUGUGGAUUUUACCUUUGAGUGUGUAGGUGGAGCGAAAGUCAUGAGAGCAGCCAUGGACAGCAUAACAGUAGGUGGGGGAUUAUGUACAGUCAUUGGAGUAAACGUUGGUGACAACGGAUUGAAUAUUUCUGCAAUGGAGCUAUUAAUGGGCCGUACCCUAACAGGAACAAGCUUUGGUGGUUGGAAAGGUAUGGAGUCUGUUCCAAAGCUAGCUGCUGACUACAAGAAUAAGAAAUUCAAUCUGGAUGCACUGGUGUCCCAUACCCUCCCUUUUGACAAAAUCAGUGAGGCAUUUGACCUAAUGUACCAAGGAAAAAGCAUUCGGACAAUCCUGCUCUUUUGA